GUUUAGAAUUCUAGUGUGUGUGAUUCAUUCGUUUCUCAUCUCUCUCUCCUUCUUUUUGUUUCUCAAUGAAUUAUUAUUAAUUUUCUCCAACCUCCACUGCUUCUCUUUCUCCUCUUCUACUUAUACUAAGAAGAACAACACAUUGAAAAUCACCAAACUCUACCUCUAGGCCCUUCACCACUCUUUAACUUGAUCAGUACCACACCAAAAUAUAUAUCAAGACUCAAGAGUUUCUCAUUCUUAGUUGAAGAAAGAAAGGGUUGAAUCAAUGGAUAUGUCAAGUUCACAAUACAACAGUGCAAGUGAAUCUGGUUGGACCCAUUACUUUGACCAACCCUCUCUUUCUGAGAAACAUUUCCAGAGGAGUGGGAUAGUAGAAUACAAAGGAAUGGAGGAGGAGGAAGAGGAGGAAGAUUUGUCCAUGGUGUCUGAUGCUUCUUCUGGACCUCCACACUAUCAUGAAGAGGAUGAUCAAAUUCAAUCCUAUGGUCUAAAUUGGUACCCUUCUUCUUCCUUGUACACCAAAGAAUCUGUAAAGAAGCAGAAGGUGAAAGAAUAUGGUAGAAUUCAGCAGCCUUCACCUCUUGAAUUUGAUGAUACUGCAAGUUCCCCUGUUCUUAACUGUCACAAGGCUAAUCAAGCCAGCUUCUCAGGGAAUGGAGCAGUGGAGGAUGCAUUGGAUUUUUCUCCUUGUUUCUCUGCAACAAGAACAAAGAGAAAGCCAAAAUUCCAGAAGCACUUCAGUUUCUUUGGUGGGAAACAAGCUUCAGAGGGACCAGGUGGUUUUGAUGAAGAUGAAAGGAAAUGAAAAUUUUAGCUGUGGCUUUCUGUGCUGCUGAAAGAUAAGCUUUGGGAUGUCAAAGGAGGAGAAGCUGAUCAAUUCAAUGACAAAGGAAACUCCUUCACUUUUUUCCUGAAGAGAAGGGAAAAAUAAAAAAAGGAAGAGAAAAAUAAAAAAAAGCACUUUUGAUGUAAUUCUGCAUUUUUUUAAAUAAGCUACUGUACCUUGCCAAUGCAGUUUGGAACAGCCUAAGAAUAUAAGAACCUGAACAAGGUUUCUAAUUCUAUUUUCUUUUGUCAUCAGUGGCAGGUAUUUUUUGAUACACUUCAAAGUCCAUAGGUUUCCAGCUUGUUUGGAUGUGCAUCUGGGCACACUCCAAAGCACGUUAAUUGAAAAACACUCACUUUGUGGGUUUGGAUAACAGUUGAAUGCAACUUAAGCAAACUUUUCUCACAAUUCAUUAGAAGAGUUUUCACUUUUUUUAUCUUGAAGUAACACUGUU